GGCACCAUUGCUGCCAUUAAAAUAGACGCCGCAGCGCAACAGCAACGCUGCCGUCGUCACAAUCAACGCCAGCGCCAACAUCAUCCACAUCAUCGCCAUCGCAGACGACGACGGCGCGUCCUUGCAUCCGGAUACGGCGUAUUGGGCGUGGACGUGGACUUAAACGUUGGGCGUAGAUGCUGCCCGUUGCUGGCCACUCAACCUAUAGACGACAGCAACGAAGACGACGGCAUAGCGAUAUCAAAAUCAACACCAACAUCCACAGGGGCAGCUGCAACCACGCAGCAGCAGCAUCCUUUCGAGCAACAACAACGACGACGGCGGCAUUACGACGGCCUGUCACUUGUAGGCAAUGCAACGCUUUGUGCAGCAACGGGUUGGACCUGGCCUAAGAUGGGUAGCGUGCUCUUUGCAGCUGUCUUCAUAGCAUUACACUUUGCCACCGGCGGCCUGGCCAACCCAGAUGCUAAGCGUCUCUACGACGAUUUGCUAAGCAACUACAAUCGACUCAUACGACCCGUGGGCAACAACUCCGAUCGUCUGACGGUCAAAAUGGGCUUACGGCUGUCACAGUUGAUCGAUGUGAAUUUAAAAAAUCAAAUUAUGACUACCAAUGUGUGGGUGGAGCAGGAGUGGAACGACUACAAAUUAAAAUGGAAUCCCGAUGAUUACGGCGGUGUGGAUACUCUGCAUGUACCCUCGGAGCACAUAUGGCUGCCGGAUAUUGUGCUAUAUAACAACGCCGAUGGCAACUAUGAAGUGACAAUAAUGACAAAAGCAAUUCUGCAUCACACAGGCAAAGUGGUUUGGAAACCACCCGCCAUUUAUAAAUCCUUUUGCGAAAUUGAUGUCGAAUACUUUCCGUUCGACGAGCAGACGUGUUUCAUGAAGUUCGGCUCGUGGACAUACGAUGGUUACAUGGUCGACUUGCGACAUUUAAAACAAACAGCCGACUCGGACAACAUUGAGGUGGGCAUCGAUCUGCAGGACUACUAUAUCUCUGUGGAAUGGGAUAUUAUGCGAGUGCCGGCGGUGCGUAAUGAAAAGUUUUACAGCUGCUGUGAGGAGCCGUAUCUGGACAUAGUAUUCAAUCUGACGCUGAGGCGAAAGACGCUCUUCUACACCGUCAAUCUGAUCAUACCCUGUGUGGGCAUAUCAUUUCUGUCCGUGCUGGUGUUCUAUCUGCCCAGCGAUUCGGGCGAGAAGAUCUCACUUUGUAUCAGCAUUUUGCUGUCGUUGACUGUGUUUUUUCUGCUGCUCGCCGAAAUUAUACCGCCGACAUCGCUGACAGUGCCACUGCUGGGCAAGUAUCUGCUAUUCACCAUGAUGCUGGUCACGCUGUCUGUCGUGGUCACCAUUGCGGUUCUCAACGUCAACUUUAGAUCACCAGUGACGCAUCGAAUGGCACCUUGGGUGCAGCGCGUCUUCAUACAAAUCCUGCCCAAGUUGCUCUGCAUUGAGCGGCCCAAAAAGGAGGAUCCCGAAGAGGAUCAGCCGCCCGAGGUGCUCACGGAUGUCUUCCAUUUACCGCCGGAUGUUGACAAGUUUGUCAACUACGACACAAAGCGCUUCAGCGGUGAUUAUGGCAUACCAGUACUACCCGCCUCUCAUCGCUUCGACUUGGCUGCGGCGGGCGGCAUUGCCGCCCACUGCUUUGGUGAUCCGCCGCUGCCCUCCUCACUGCCACUGCCAGGUGCCGACGACGAUCUGUUCAGUCCAUCGGGUCUCAAUGGGGACAUAAGUCCUGGCUGUUGUCCAGCGGCCGCGGCCGCGGCAGCAGCUGCUGCUGCUGCUGAUCUCAGUCCCACAUUUGAGAGACCCUACGCACGGGAGAUGGAAAAGACCAUCGAAGGAUCACGCUUCAUUGCGCAGCAUGUGAAAAACAAAGACAAAUUCGAAAGCGUUGAAGAAGAUUGGAAAUACGUCGCCAUGGUAUUGGAUCGUUUGUUUCUUUGGAUUUUCGCAAUCGCUUGCGUGGUCGGCACAGCGCUAAUUAUAUUGCAAGCGCCAAGUUUGUACGAUCAAUCGCAGCCGAUUGAUAUAUUAUAUUCGAAAAUUGCUAAAAAGAAAUUCGAGCUGCUUAAAAUGGGCAGUGAUAACACCUUAUAACGUCCACUUGGGUUCGCAGCGGGCUGGUGGAAUUUAAUCAUCAGCUCGUUGCGAACCCUGUUCGCCGCCCGCGACGAUGAUCGUGGAUAAUAUACAAUGAGCCAAACCAUGAGCGUCUCAUCACCGUUAUCCAACACGAACAGCAGCAGCAGUAGCAUUAUAAACGAUAACGAUAUCGAUAACGGAACGUUGACCAACUCAUGGAGCCCAUUGUAAGCAGCGGAGCGAAGCGAGCAUUGGAAAUUUAAACGAAAGGAAUCAAAACGAAAUGAAACGAAACGAAAAUUAGUAUAAACAGUCGAAAGAGUGCAAGUUUUGGAGCAGUUGAUCAAAAUUUGUAUGUAAAGAAAGUAAAGCAAAACAAGUACUUAAGUGUUGGAUAACGUUAACUACGUUCAUAACUGGGUUGGAAAAUCAACUUUAACAUAUGUAUGUAUGUAUAACGCUGACAGUGACCAGUGGAUUUAGUUUGUAAGUUUUGAAGAGUGUAUGAUGUAUGGUAUGGUGAUUGUGUGGUGAAUCGUACAUAGUUGUUUGCUUGGUUGUGCAGUCUUGCAUAAUGUGACGGCCAGUGUUGUAAAAAAUAAACUUUUUGUAAUUUGUAUUGUAAU